CAUUUCCAAAGAAGGGUCAGACGUGUGUGGUGCACUACACAGGAAUGCUACAGAAUGGAAAGAAGUUUGAUUCCUCCAGAGACAGAAACAAGCCUUUCAGGUUCAAGAUUGGCAGACAAGAAGUCAUUAAAGGAUUUGAAGAAGGUGUUACACAGAUGAGCUUAGGACAAAGAGCAAAGUUGACCUGCACACCUGAGAUGGCCUAUGGAGCCACAGGCCACCCUGGGGUCAUCCCUCCCAAUGCUACUCUCCUCUUUGAUGUGGAGCUUCUCAGGUUAGAGUGAAUCUUCUCGAGGGAGUUGGCUGGAGACAUCUGUUAAUAACCAUCCAUUCUUUCUUGCCUUGCCGGCAGCAGGAGAAAUCUUCACUGGAAUCCCCACCUUCCCUGCUCAAGCUGUCCUGUCAAUAGCGCCUGCCGUUCGGUUUCUUAUGCCUUCCUUCUCUUUUUUAACUUUGUGGUGUCCGUAUUUGCCUUUUAUUAGAAGCUUUGCUUUGGGAAAAAUGUCUACCAUUGUAACAUUUUCAAGUUGUACAUUUUAUUUAACUUGCAUGUGAGAAGAAUUCACAGUGAUGAUUGAAAAUAUAUAUAAAUAUAUAUAUAUAUUCCUUAUUGAAAAACCACUGCCUUACUGUACACUUAAACCAAGAAAAGAAAAAUACAAAAGGUGCUCAAAAAAAAAAAAAUCCAAUGUACGCCUUGUACAUGAACGGGCAUUAGCCAAACAGAGUUACCUGCGCUGCCACUUUUCUCAACUUGUACGUUCUGCUUGCUGCUGUUUUAAAAAAUACUGUCUCAUUUAAGAAUUAAAAGUAUAUAUAUAAAACAAUAAAAUCUUGAUACUUUA